CCUUCCUCCCGAUUUUCCCGCUAAUUUCACGGCUGCCUUCUCCCUUCUGUCUCGUACGAACCGCUCCACGUCCCAGGAGACAGGGUCAGAUCUUUGGUUGCCUCCGAAUUAUGGUGAUGGGGUUUGAACUUUGGCAAGGAAGACCAAUUGACGGAGCCCUCGGAUGCCAAAUUCCUGUGCAGGUUGACAAACACAGUGCAAUUGCAUCAGAGAUGGUUCAAAAGGAUUUAGAUGACAAAGAAAGGAAGCCAUGUCCAAAUGCUGCUUCUCGUCGAAAUCCCUUGAUUACUAGUCAUGACUGCCAUUCAAAGAUUGACUGGUGUCAAACAGCAAGUUCUUUUAUUGAGCAGGAGAGAAUUCUGUGCCAUGAGCUAGAGAGCAUGGUUACCUUGUCUUCAAGGAGCGAGGCUAAGAGUAUUGAACCUGUUGCUGAUGACAACAUUGUUGAAAUUAAUCCUUUGAGAAUCUCUCCUCCAAAUGCAAGAGAUUCUGGUAGGCUUCUUAAAGUUACUGCAUAAUUAUAUGCAUUUGAAGAUGUGGUAUCUUAUGUGACUUCUGAUACUGAAUAACAGCUGUCCUGAAUGAUGUUACGUCAACGAAUUGUUUUCACCGCCUGCACACGGAUGAUGAUAGUGACUUGGGUUAUGAACAAUUGGAAGCAUACCCUGAAGUUACUAGUGAGGCUUCAACUGAGGCAGCAACAUAUGUGAAGGUUUUCAUGGCUUCUGGUUCUGAUGCUAAUCAAACAAAUGCUGGAACUUUUGAGGCUCCCUUGACUACUAACAUACCAAAUAGCCAUUCAUUUCGUGCCACAUCAGAAGAUUCACUACCUGCUGCAAUGCGAAGGAUGCACAUCACAACUCCUGUUGAGGUUCCCUUGACUGUUAACAUACCAAAUAGCCAUUCAUUUCAUGCUACAUCAGAAGAUUCACUACCUGCUGCAAUGCUAAGGAUGAACAUCACCACUCCUGUUUCUGUACAGAAGCAACCGAUGCCUAUAGUGACUGUUUUGGAAGGUAUGGAUGGUAGUGGAUCUCAAAUUGGCAACAAUCAAGGAUCUAAAAUUGGCAAAAAUAAAUCCAAAAGGAAAAGAAAACCAAGGUCUGAGGGGGAUGAUGUGCAUUUGAAGGCUGCUGUUCAGAAAUUUGGUGAGGGUAAUUGGGGAUAUAUAGUAAAAGGCGAGUCCAUGAUGGGGGAUAGAACUGCUGCACAAUUAUCUCAGAGAUGGAGCAUUAUCACUCGUAAGAAGAGCAACACCAACUUGAAACUGGUAACCAAGGCCAAUGGCUCCCUACUAUCCGAGGUACAGCGGGCAGCUCUUCAUGCAAUUAACAUGGCUCUAGAUCCUUCUCCGAGGAACACAUUUGUGAAUAACAGCAUAGGUGUUGGGCAAGCUUUUGGUAGUGCCACUGCAGUGCGUCGUCUCAGCUUGAGGAGAAGUUUGGUUGAACCAAACCAGGUCCCGACUCAAAAGCACAACCUUGUUGGACGCGGCAACAAGAUGAGCUCCUGCGGAUCAGAAGCUGCUGGGAAAGCUAAAGUACAGCUAGGUGGCAGCCAUGGAGAGCAAGUGAAGAAAGAUGAUGAAACAGACCCCGGACACAAAAAACCGAGACUGAAUGGUGAAAUGCUAAUUUCUCAGAACCCUUGUCAUCUUGUAUAGAAAAAGGAGAGCGAUUUGGAUGGCAAGGUAGAUCCCUCAAGAAACUAGCCUAAAGAGAGUCGAAAAGAAGAUGAAAGUAACAACACUGGUUCCUGUUCUUCUUCCAUUGAAGAUGAGAAGAAGCAACAUUUUGCACGGGAGAGUAGAGGGAAUGAUGAAAGCAGAAGACUGAACAAUCAGAGCAGCAGUAGCAACAAAAUGUGCCAACGAUGGCAAUUAGAGGAUGGAUCAGUGAAAAGCUGGAGAAAGUGGGAAAUUCAGAAGAGAGGUUGUUAUUUAUGUAUUAAUUUAUUUUUGUGAAAGCAUAAGAGGGUUCUGUCGAAAAUGUACAGGAGGACUAGGACGGGUUUGAUCAUUGAUGUACUUAUUAUCUUAUCUUUUUUAUAUAUAUAAACUAGGUACACUUUUUUACUUUUUACCAAAGUUACUAUUUUAAUUUUUGUUUA